AUGACGGAACUGUCACGAGAAAUUAGUCAAGUUUGGUCGAGGUUGUUUGACCACCGUCCAUUUCUUAAUGGUGAAAUAAAGUUCAUGCUGAAAGAAUUUGAGGAAAAGCGUGGUGACAGAGAAGUAGAAAACUUGUUUGCUAUUCUAGAGAAUCUUACAGAUAUAAAGGAUACUCAGGUGGAAAAAAUAAUUAAAUCUUCUAAUACUGCUUUACCUGUCUUAGGAGAAAAAUUAAAUCAAGCAUUAAAACUGUCUGAGGAGAUUGAAAAAGAAUAUUUAGAAGUUCAAAAAGCAUAUAAACAAAAAGUGGCUGAAAAUCGUGAAAGAAGACAGAAGGAUUGGGAUCAGUUCAUUGAUGAUAUGAACUUUAGGUGCCAAAGGAUUGACAAUACAUUUGAAGAAAAAGAAGAAGAGUUAAGAGACUUUAUUGAUAAUCAAAAACCAAUAUUUCUUACAACAUCUGAUAUAGAGAAACUAAAAAAAAUUGAAAAAUUGUUUUAUGAAAGUGAUAAAACCAGUACAUGUAAGGAUAUUCCAAAAUAUGAAGAUAACGAUAAUAUUUUGAAAGUAUCUGCUGAAAAAGAUAUUAAUGACCACGUAAAAGGUCUUUCAAAGGAAAGCAUAAAUAAAGAUAAAAUUUCCAAAGCAUCUGCUGAAGAAGACAUUAACAAUCAUGUAAGAGAUCUUUCAAAUGGAAGUACAAAUGAAGGUGAUAAAAUUAAUAUUUCUAAUGCAUCAGCCGAAAAAGACACUGAUAAUCAUGUAAAUGACUUUUCGAAGGAAAGCAUAAAUAAAGAAGAUAAGGAUGAUAUAUCUAAAACAUCUGCAAAAAAUGAUAAAAACCAUGAAAAAGAAAAUUUGAAGGAAGACAGUAACGAAAAACAUAAAGAUGAAGUUUUUCUUGUUAGAGCUGAUUUAAACUGGCUAUAUGAUUAUCUUCAGCUUAAGAGAUCUAAUGGUGACAAAGACACUCCAUACCUACAUACUCUUCUAGCAGAUGCUCAUAUUGAAGUUCCAAAAAAUGAAAUGAUUAAGAGGAACCCAGUCUUAGAGGCAAGAUGUGUCAAAUUGAGAUCACAGCAAGAAGCUCGAGAGUAUAGAAAAAUGACAAAAGGUGUUGAUAAUGUAAGAAUGAGAUUUCCUGAAGAUAGUAUUUCAUAUCAAUUGAAACAAAUGAACCGCCAACUCAUAGCUAUUGGACAGUUUAUAAUUUCAAUAUUUGCUGGGUUUCUUUUUGGAUUCAGAGGAGUGGAAUGGAUGGUUGGGAACUUGGACUUUGGAUUCAGGUUGCUUCUAGGUGUCAUGUGCGCAUUAGUCAUUGCUUUGGCUGAAAUAUAUUUCUUAGCGAAAAAACUCAAUGAAGAACUAUGUAUUCCUGAAACUGUACAACUUGGUGGGCCAUUGAAGUUUGCAGAAAACAGCAAAAAUGGCCUUGAAAAGCAACAUCAAGAU